GAAGUAGACGUCACCGAUGCUACAGACGGUCCAGCUCAGUCACUGUAUCCCGAGUAGAAAGACUUAGCAUUUAGUUAGCAGUUAGCACACGAUAUUUUCCAGUAAAAGAGGCAGUACUUUCCUUUGUAGUCGUAUUUAAAAUCCCAGAAAAGGAUUGUUGGCGGAAAAAUGAAGAGGCGGAUACCCUUUAGUUUUGUGUUGGUCUAUUUGCUAGUUGCGUAUUUCUGUUCGUGCUCGGCGUUUUAUCUUCCGGGUUUAGCCCCAGUGAGUUUUUGUGAAGAAAGCGGUGGUGACGACGAUUGCCAGAAAGAGAUUCAGCUGUUUGUAAAUCGUCUGGACUCAGUGGAGUCAGUUCUGCCUUAUGAAUAUGAUAUGUUCGACUUUUGCAAAGAUGCCAAGGAGAAGAGGCCAUCUGAGAACCUUGGACAGGUACUCUUUGGGGAACGAAUUCAGUCUUCACCUUACAAGUUCAAAUUCAAAGAGGAGAAGAAAUGCAGUCUAGUGUGCACAAAGACCUACAAGAAGGAUAACAAGGAGGAUGACGACAAACUGAAGUUUCUGAAAAUGGGAAUGCAGCUGAACUAUCAGCAUCACUGGAUCAUUGACAACAUGCCAGUCACGUGGUGCUAUGAUGUGGAAGAUGGUCAGAAGUACUGCAACCCUGGCUUCCCCAUUGGCUGCCUUGUUACAUCAGAUGGUAGAGCUAAAGAUGCCUGUGUUAUUAAUUCUGAGUUCAACAAGAAGGACACAUAUUAUGUCUUCAACCAUGUCGACAUCAAGAUCACUUACCACAGUGGAGAAAAAGAAGGUUGGACAGGUGCUCGCCUGGUUGCUGCCACACUUGAACCAAAGAGCAUAAAACAUGCGGAUGCUGCAAAGCCAAAUUGUGAAGGUGGCCCCAUGGAGGUCCCUCGAGUGUUCGACAGUGAUGUGUCAAUAAUUUAUACUUACUCUGUCACUUUUGAGGAAAACAAUUCCAUCAAGUGGGCCUCUAGGUGGGACUACAUCCUGGUCUCAAUGCCUCACACCAACAUCCAGUGGUUUAGCAUUAUGAAUUCCUUGGUCAUUGUGCUCUUCCUGUCUGGCAUGGUUGCCAUGAUCAUGCUGAGAACUCUGCACAAGGACAUUGCCAGAUACAAUCAGGUGGACCAGGGAGACUUGAUAAAGCUUCCAUCGACCAUGGAUAAAUCUUCUGUAUCCUAUGAGGACGCACAGGAAGAGUCGGGAUGGAAGCAGGUGCAUGGUGAUGUGUUCCGUCCCCCCAGGAAAGGAAUGCUGCUCUCCGUGUUUCUUGGACAGGGCACACAGAUCUUUAUUAUGACGUUCAUCACACUGUUCCUGGCCUGUCUUGGUUUCCUGUCUCCGGCCAACAGAGGGGCUCUUAUGACAUGUGCUGUGGUACUCUGGGUCCUGCUGGGUACACCCGCCGGCUAUGUGUCUGCACGUCUUUACAAGACCUUUGGAGGUGAAAAGUGGAAGACAAACGUCUUGCUGACAGCACUCUUGUGCCCAGGUAUUGUAUUUGCAGACUUCUUCCUAAUGAACCUGAUCCUUUGGGUGGAGGGCUCCUCAGCAGCCAUCCCCUUCGGGACCCUGGUGGCCAUUUUAGCCCUGUGGUUUGGAAUCUCUGUGCCCCUCACCUUCAUUGGCGCCUACUUUGGAUUUAAGAAACCUGCAAUCGAACAACCAGUGCGAACAAACCAAAUUCCUCGUCAAAUACCUGAGCAGUCCUUCUUCACUAAACCUAUCCCUGGCAUCAUCAUGGGCGGGAUCCUCCCCUUUGGCUGCAUUUUCAUCCAGCUUUUCUUUAUUCUUAACAGCAUCUGGUCUCAUCAAAUGUACUACAUGUUUGGGUUCUUGUUCCUGGUUUUCAUUAUUCUGCUCAUCACCUGCUCAGAGGCCACGAUUCUGCUGUGCUACUUCCACCUAUGUGCUGAGGACUACCACUGGUGGUGGCGUUCCUUCCUGACCAGUGGCUUCACCGCGGUUUAUCUGUUCAUUUAUGCUGUGCACUACUUCUUCUCGAAGCUGCAAAUAAUUGGGGCGGCCAGUACUAUACUGUACUUUGGAUACACUAUGAUUAUGGUCCUCAUCUUUUUCCUCUUCACAGGUACCAUUGGCUUCUUCGCUUGCUUCUGGUUUGUAAAUAAGAUCUACAGUGUAGUGAAAGUGGACUAGAGGACUGGAGGAAGAACUAACUCCUUACUGUUGCAGCACUGGGCUCCCCAGCGCUGGCUGUCAUAAAAUGGUCUAAGUAGACCUGAACUGAAACCAUCACUUAUGAUAGAAAAAUCCCGCAGAGCCGAGCCCGUCCUCUUUUGUGCUUUAAACCUCUGUUGCUAUUUUCUUUCUUUUUUUUUUUUUAAACAUAUAUCAGUUUGUGUUCACUGUUGACCAGAAAUAGUUUGAAUAGCACGUUGAAAAUCAGAGUGGGUUCUAAUCAUCAGGAUGUCACGGUGAGCAGGUUGUUUGCAGAAAUGUUUUACUUAAAUUUUCUAAAGAAAGUAAAAUAUCAAGUAUUUUGGUUUUCUAUUUUGUCAUGGCUAAAUGUUUUGGGUUUUUUUUUUUUCCGUUGCCUGUUCUGUAAUAAUUAAAAAAGUGUGUACAUAUAUUAUAUAGAAGGGUAAAGAACAGAAGAAUGCUUCUUAAAGAUUGUCACCAUUAUAGACUCUUUCUUUUUUAUUAUUAAUAUUAUUAUUUCUCAUUUUCUUGUUUUUAAGGUAAACAAUUUGGCUAAAAUUCCUUAAAUGUCAGCCUGUAUUGUAAUAGAAACAUAAAACACUGACUUUACUAUGAUACAUGUCCUUUUCCUUAAAUUUAAGUUUGCAUAGAGUAGAAGGAUACAGCUGGUUGAGAGGCACGCCUGUAAUAUAGAGCUGCUACAGUGUUCUAUAUUAAGGAUGAGCUCUUGAUGACACACGUAUGGCUACAGAAAAGAUUUCCUAGCUAGUUACUCUUGAUGCAGUCUGUGAGAUUACUGAUGAAGGGCAUGUGCCCCGUUGAAGAUGCACCCUUUUAGAUCUCAAUGAGUGGUUUGUUGAACUGCUAAUUGCCUAAAAAAUCUGCUACCAUUUGCUUCAAGCAGUGAGACAUCAUCAUCAAAAGUGAUAACAGUUUUACAAAUAAAUGUAAUCAGUUCAAAGCAGAAGCUAUGCUAUUGUCUUUAAGCUCCCUCAAUGAGUAUAACCCACUGGUAACAACAACUUGCUGUUCUGGACAUAAGCUGAAAUGGGUCCAGCUCAUACAAUUAGGUUUCCUGGCUGACACCCAGACAUGAAGCAAACUGAUCAGACUUGAGGGAGAUGCUAUUUAAAAAUUAUGUGUUCAUUGCAAAGUGUCCUGACUAAUGUAAUGCAGAUAAAUGCAGUGUAUUCUGCUUUCACACAAUUUAAUGGAAUUUAGGAUUGAUUUAAAAAAAUGAAGCAUGUUUUUGUUAAACCACAAAGUCACAUACUUUUUCCAAGUGCAAUGCAGCAGUGUCAUAAGUCAGAACUUAACAAACUGAAACAAUGCUAAACAUUUAAUUUGGUUCUAGCUUUUCUAAAUUACUCUCUCAAAUCUUAGAGCUUAAAAAAAAUUGCUCCCAAAAAGGAGACACUGGCUGAUGGGGACGAGAGCCCUGACAUACUCACGGUUGCUCUUACUUUUUUUUCUUUCGUUAGAAAAACAAAGUCCUGUUGACAUGAACUUUUACACAUAACUUACUUUUAUUAAACAGCAAACAUCAUUUAGAUAUUAGACCUGAAAAUAAUGAAAAAGCACAGAAUUUCGCCACAAAAAUAAGUAGCUUAUAAGACUCAAACAUUUGUUCGCUGCUAUAAUACACACUGUCGUGAAGAGAGAAAUUGACAAACGUAAGCCAGUUUGUCAGUUAUCGUACUGUGGUUUGGAUUUCUCUCGUGACCUGUUGAAUAAACGGGUUUUCCCUAACUAAGGCAGGUCUGAUAAGUUCUCUGGAAACUACCACUAUAUAUAAAUAAAAAGUGCAGCAGAAGCUCUUAGGCUCAGGAUGCCAAACCAUUCCCUCCCUUUUCCCAUAAAACCUUGACAAAACAAACAAAAUACACUCUUAAGCCAUUGCAUUGCUUUCUCUGACAAGAGUCAAAACAAGCAUACAACCCUUACAUAAGUACAGAUCCUAUCUGUGGCUUUGAGCAGAUUUUUUAAUUCAACAUUUUUUUUAUAAUCUCUAAUAAAAAAUACUGUAUCAUGAGGUAUCUUUACAAAUCUACAUGUGUUAAUGGAAUGUAAGAAACCUGUUACAUAAGCUCUUCCGACAUGCAGCUCACAUAAAAUCACUGGUGCACAAAGUCCACUGUAGCUAUAUUUGUAUCACACCUUGCUCUCUUUGUGCUGUGGUGUUUAAAAAAAAACUGUGCCCUUAAAUAAAGGCUGGUGUUACAAAGGCAGCAAAUACUGAAUUCAAAUUUGGCACACUGAAGUAGGAGAUGAUACAAUUUACACAGCUGAGCUUUAGUAAAAUGAGACAAGGGACUAAGACAAAUGUGCACAUUUGGCUAUCCUGUCUGCAAGAAAGGCUCACUAAUACUUGUGUUCUGUAACUGACAGGCACAAUGAAUCAAUAAAUAUUAACUUAUUUAUUGUAAAGGCGCUUCAAGACUAAGAAGAGUCACUGCAACAUGGAAUGUACAUGUAUUCACAAAUUCAAGAACUAAGAUGGGCUCUAUAAUUUUUUUUCUGUACAAGCAAUACCCUGAGUUCAUGAAUUGCAAACGAAGGUCGCUUGCAAAAGGGGGGAAAAAAAACACAUCCUCCACCCUCCAUAUAUAUAUAUAUAUAUAUAUAUAUAUAUAUAUGUAUAUGUAUGUAUACAUAAAUUUUAAAGGAGAUUCAGUAGUUGUGCAGAUACUGGAGAUUAAUACUUAAUCAGAGACAUCUAUGGUCUGUAAUAAAGGUGAAGUGGCAACGAUUUUUUUCUUUUCAUGUGAAAGUUUAGAUGCUUAAUUAGAGUUAAAAAUGUUU